CCUGCAUAUACUAUUCAUGCACCUAGAUUAGCGUGAUUAUGCCUUGCAGCAACCCUAACCAGUAUUAUUAAUCACACAAUCACAAUCACCAUCCUAUAUUAACAUGAGUCAGCGUCAAUAUAGUAAAACACUCCAAGUCACAUCGGCCAGAAUACCCAUCGUAUAUCGUACGAUGGCUUGCUAGUGCGUAUCAGGAUAUAAUCAAUCUUCCGUGUCUCAAUUUUGUGCGACCUUGUAUGCUAGUGCACACUGAUGGGCCAUCACCCCCGAGAUCCGGCUUCCCCGCCUGGCAAACUAUUGAGUGUCUGGACGUAUGACAGGUGUCUUAAUUCGAAUAGUUAGUACUCUCUGAGUCUGAAGACAGUAUGUAUCUUCUAUUCUAGACUCGAACGGAGAUGAGUUUAAUGAGGAUAUCCAUCUGGGUCCGGGCAGUGCAACGGUUGUCAUCAGGCCGCGUCAAAAGGGAUGAAGGGAAAAGGAGACAUGCUCUGUGCUCUGGGAACGGGUGUCCACGGUGCACUCGCAACCCUCGGAAGGACUGAGACUGCUCAACCUCCUAACAGAACGGAUCGGCCGCGGAUGCUCCCUAGCAUGGAUUUAGACUACUUGGGCAAAAGGCCCAUGAUCGACUGGGUCGGCUUUAUUGGUGUGUCGCCAUCAGCCGAAAUUGACGGGCAGACAGUGCCAGACACGGGAUGGUCUGGACAGCUCAAGCUUUCCCCACUGCUCUGACUGAGAACGAGUGGUCUGUCUGCACCUCAAUGUAAUCAAUAUAAUCAACAUCCUAUAAUGAUAAAGUCAGUAUUCAAUAGAAUCAAAUCCUACAAUAUUGUCAAGUCAGUGCAGUAGACAGUCGGUACUGGGUAUGGAGAUACCCCAGAUCCACCGUUCCAGCAAAUGGCAAACUUCCUUUCAUCCCGACCAUGGCUGCACCUCCCGUCGUCCGUAAACAGCUGCAAGACUCAGUGUCAAUCCAGUCAAUCCCAAUGUUCUCCGCUUUCCUGCAUUUAUAAAUACCUCUCUUUUGUCCAUCACUUGUCCAUCACUUGUUGAUUAGCUGUUAGUUAGCACAGUCCUUGUUAGGCAACUUAGCGCUAUCC